AUGGUGUUGGAGUGUCAUCCUCACCUUGCUUGUAAGUGCAGAUGGCUUGAGUGUCCCUGGGGAUGUGCUGUGGGGUGCCCCCAGCACAGGGGAGGGAGCACGGGCACUGACCUGUUCCUAACCCUGUGCCACCCCCUGCAGUGUCACGCCAAGAUGGCAAGCACCCAUGGGGCAGAGCCUGAUGCCAAGGAUGCAGCAGAGACUGAAGAGGCCAUCUAUGAGGAGGUGAUGCCCUGUGACAGGAUGGAGCUGAGCCAGCGGCUGGCCGUGGAGGAGCUCAUCACCACUGAGGCCAGCUACGUCCGCAACAUCCAGCUCUGCGUGUCGGACAUCCGGGCACACCUCCAGAAGAAGCAGCUGCCUGAUCUUGACCUGGAAGGACUCUUCUCUAACACUGAUGACAUCCUCCAUGUCUCCAGACGGUUCCUGAAGGGUCUUGAGGCCACGGCUACCCAGGAGGGCGAGCAGCUGCUCUGCAUCAGUGCCCUGUUCCAGCAAUUCAAGGAGGAGAUGGAGACCGUCUACAAGAUCUACUGUGCCAGCUACGAGCAUGCCCUUCUGCUGGUGGAGAGCUACCGCAAGGACCCCAGGCUGCAGGAGGAGAUCUUGGAGACCCUGAAUGCAACAGUGCCUCACACAGGUGCGUCAGACCUCAGCUUCUUCCUGGUGAUGCCAGUGCAGAGGGUCACCAAAUACCCACUGCUGCUGGGGAAGAUCCUGGAGAACACCCCUGUCAGCGCCAGCGCCUACCCGGCCCUGCAGGCAGCCGUCUGCGCCAUGGCCCAGGUCAACGCCAACAUCAACGAGUACAAACGGCGCAGAGAAGUAGCAACCAAAUACAACAAGGCCGAGCACCUGACGCUGCGGGACCGCUUUGCGCGCCUCAACACGCACUCCAUCGCCAAGAAGACCACGCGACUGAGCCGGCUCUUCAUGCACGAGGCCGGCAUCGUGGCCAAGACAGAGGACAGAGAGUAUGACGACCUGGAGAAGAAGUUCCAGUGCGUGGUGUCCAGCGUAGCUGUACUGAAGGAGAACGUGGCAUCCUACCUGGGCCAUUUAGAGGCAUGCCUGUUGCCAACCCCACACAAGUAUGAGCUGCAGAUCGAUGAGGGACCUGCCCAGCAGUACCGCCGCUUUGCAGAGUACCUCCAUUGCACUGUUUUCCCAGAGUUUAGCGAGAUGGGCAGUGUGACAUACGAUGAGGAGGCAGCCAUGAACACCUACCUUGCCAUCAACGCCCUGCUCGUGGCUGAGCUCCCGCGGUUCAACCAGGCAGCUCUGCAGCUCCUGGGGCAGAUACUGUGCUCCCUCAGUGCCCUGCAACGGGACUUGGCUGCCCAGGUCCUGCACCAGGCAGAAAGGGAGCUAGAGCAGAUGCCCCAUGGCCGCAUGCCUCUGCCCAGUUUCUGGAAGAUGGUGGAAGACACCUUCCAGCAGUCUCGUGCUCAGCUCUGUACCUUCUGCCAGACAUUUGAGAUGGUCACGCCAAGCCCUGUGACACAGCCUCUGAACCCUGCUGAGGAACGGAAGGUCCUUUCCCUUGUGAGCAAGCACGGCCCAGACAAACUUUACCAAGUGACAAGCAACAUCACUGGCAGCAAAGACUUGGACCUGACCUUGCAAAGGGGACAGAUUGUAGCUCUGCUGCAAAGUGUGGACACUAAGGGGAACACAAGCAGAUGGCUGGUGGAUGCUGGAGGUCCCCGAGGGUUUGUGCCUGCUGGAAAACUCCAGCCCUAUUGCCCGGUACAAAGCCAGCAGCUCGGGAUGCAGAUGCCAGCCCUGGAGAGCAGCACAGAGAGAAGGCGACAUUCGUAUGCAUCUCCUGAAGCUCCCAGGCCCCAGGUGGCCACCUUCACCCCAGCUUACCAGGUGGUCGCUGGCUUCUCCUUCACAGCCAGGAGUCCGCAGGAGGUGAGCCUCCAGGCAGGGCAGCCCGUGGUGGUGCUGGAGCCGCACGACAAGAAGGGGAGCAAGGAGUGGAGCCUGGUGGAUGUGAAUGGCCAGAGGGGCUACGUGCCCUCCAGCUACCUGGUGACCGUCCCCGUGCAUGAGCCCACAGGCUGGAGCUUGCCUGUGUGA